AUGAUUCAAAGACCAUUUGCACUACUGAUUACUAGGGCCUAUCGUACAACUUCUACGGAUGCCUUAAAUGUGCUUGCCGGACUACUUCCUUUACACAUUAGAAUUGAAGAAGAGGCAGCUAGGCAAACAUUGAAGCAAUUAAGUCAAAUUACUCAAUACAAAGAUGAGAUUUAUAACCCCUCGGAUUAUGAAGGAUCUCUAAUUAAUGUUCAAAUACAUCCAGCCAAGAAAGGAAUUGGAGUCCGCAUACUGCACCAAAACGCAACAGAUCCAGAAGUUAAAGUAUGCCUAUAUACAGAUGGAUCGAAAAUUGAUAAUGGCGUAGGAAGUGCAUUUGUUGCAGUCGCUAACCAAAACAUUCUACAUACUUGGCAAGGGCACUUGCAUGAAAAUAAUACUGUCUUCCAGAGCGAAAUGUUGGCUAUAAAAGAAGCAUUAACUUACCUAGUAGAACAGCGUCAUAAUAGAGCUAUCAUAUUUACUGACAGUUUAUCCUCGAUACAUGCGAUCAAUAAUCCCGAUCACUCUUCUCCCAUUGUAACUGCAAUACAAAAGAUACUAAGGGAAAACUACAAUAGCCAAUAUUUCCUCAAAUGGGUCAAAGCGCAUGCAGGUCAUGCAUGGAACGAAUUUGCUGAUACUUUAGCAAAGCAAGCGGCUGCUGAAAAUCCUACAGAACACAAUAUAAGGCAGUAUCAUAUACUCUGGCCAAUGUCACACUUCAAAAAAAAACACUCAGGCAGAAAGCAACUGACACAUGGCAAAAUGAAUGGAAUAUCAGCAAUACAGGACGAAGGACAGCUUAUUUUAUUCCAAAGGUGCAUCUUGAACGCAAUAUAG